CCGUGUGCUUCAGACAUCAACACCUGGGGAGAAUGAGCCGGCGAGAUGGCAACGGCCAAUCUGAAGGACAGGGUGGGCAGGAUAUCGCGAAGCUACACCGACGAUGUGUGAAACGUCGCACUCCCUCCGAAUCAAGACUUGGAGUGGAUUCAAAUCCUCUCCCCGGCAACAUGAUGCUCUCGUUGGAUGGGAUGUGGCCUCAGUGAAGAAGAGGAGCAGGAUUCUUGGUCGGACAGUUGCCGUGAACACUGUUUUUGGUUCCCUCGACUCCAACUCACCAAUCACUCUGCGCACUCGCAAGUUCCUCCGGAACCCACUUCUCCAGCGCCGGCAAUGCGUCCUUGACGUUAUUCACCCGGCACGGGCCAAUGUGUCCAGGAAUGAGCUGCAGGAGAAGCUCGGCACGAUGUACAAGACUCCUGCUGAGCAAGUCGUUGUCUUCGGCAUGAGGACACACUUCGGUGGUGGACGCUCAACCGGCUUCGCAUUGAUCUACGACUCGAAGGACUCGAUGAAGUUCGAGCCCAAGUACAGGCUGAUCAGGAAGGGCCAGGCGACCAAGGUUGACAAAGCUGGUCGCAAGCUCAGGAAGGAGAGGAAGAACCGUGCGAAGAAGGUUCGGGGAACAAAGAAGGCGAAGGCAGGCGACGCGAAGAAGAAGUAAACAGCUGCAUGGCGCUGUUCUUUGCUACCUGCUUCCACUCUUCCAUCUCGAAGCAGGGAUUGCCAUCAUCGCGUAUGGCUCGAUGGAUUCAGAUGGUUUUCCGACACUCGCGGCCAGCCUGUCUCCACUGUAUGUGCGGCAAGCAUUCGCCGCAUUUGUAAUUUUUACAUGCAAGCACUCUAGGCAAGACAACAGAAUUCCACAGUGAACCUGGGCUG